GGAUUAAUAAGAAUUUACUUCCGUCCAAGUCCACAGCUAUUCUACCAGGUUACACAUUACCCCUCUUAGGAAUGAAAAUUUCCACCUAGCAAGAGACCUUACUAUGUUGGCAGGGGCACUUUCUGGAGAUUCCAUUUCUUCAAUUUGGGCCAUGGCCUUAAUUUCGGAACAAGUCUUUUUCAUGCUCUAUCACUACAAUAGUUGCGCUAAUACUUCAGGUGCCCUAUGUGAAACCAAAGCCUCAUUUUUGCAGAAGCUCUUUCUAACUAGAGCCAAUAGCUCUUUUCCAAACCCACUCUCCUGCUUCUAUGUACAUACUCUAAGGGACGGUGUUUUGAACACGGUUGCGUCUUGGCUUCUGGUUAAACCUGUUACCCUUGUCAUUGGUUGGCCUCAUUCGAUCUUUUUUUUCCUUGGGGCCGGGUCUCUUUCAAGUUUUGUCUACCUAUUUAGCACACAAACGAGCAGGCUGAAACCUAAAACUACUAACGACUACGCAUGCGCAAGUAAUGGCGCCUUCGCUGGGAUUGCAACGCUCUCGUUGAUACUACCAAAGCGUUAUUCACCUCUUUUUGAACGCACACCCCUUGCAUUAAUUGGAGCAUUGUAUCUUAUAAAAUGCACUUACGAUGAGUAUAUCAAACCAAUGCAUCCUGAGACACACCAAGAGAGGAAUAUAAAUCUAAGGAAUCGGGGCUUUAUCGGGGGCGUUUUCUUUGCCCUUAUGUAUAGCUCGUUGUUUUUACAAACGAGAACGGACUUUAGUAUGCUUCGAAUCUUUUACAAGAAUAUUAAAAAACAGCAACAUUCUAGUUGAUUGUGUUAAUAACCACAAAUACUGGAGUGACAGGAGAAGAACUAACUGGAAGGUAACAUUAUCGUAAUAUGAAAA